AUGAAUUCGGUUUUUUCUGAAUACAAGGAUUUUAUACAAGAAGGUGAUUUGGCCUUGGCUUGGAUCUCUAGAAAUAAUAUCAAAGCUAUUACGAUUGAGAAAGAUGGUGUGUUCAAUACUCGUUAUGGUUCUUUCCUACAUUCGGGUAUGAUUGGUAAGCCCUAUGGUUCGCAGAUCGCAAUUAGAACCAAAGGUAAUAAUAAAUUUGCAUUUAUUCAUAUAUUACAACCAACUCCAGAAUUAUGGACUCUAUCAUUGCCACAUAGAACCCAGAUUGUUUACACUCCAGAUUCUUCUUAUAUCAUGCAGAGGUUCAACUGUGGCCCAAACACAAGGGUUAUUGAAGCAGGUACUGGUUCAGGGUCUUUUUCUCAUGCAUUUGCUAGAUCAUCGAAUCAUUUAUUCACUUUUGAGUUCCAUGAAGUUAGAUAUGAGCAAGCUUUAGAAGAGUUUCAAGACCAUGGUCUUAUUGGUAAUGACGAUGCCAAAUCGAACGAAGCUUUUAAAAAUGUAACGAUAACGCAUAGAGAUGUUUGUGAAAAUGGUUUCACGAUAAAACAAACUGAUAAAACGUCAUACAAGUUUGCAGAAGGUGAAGAUGAGGUUAAAAUCAAUGCUAAUGUUGUGUUUUUAGAUUUGCCUGCCCCAUGGAAUGCCAUUCCAAACUUAGAUCAAGUCAUUAGUAAGAAUGAGAAAGUUGGUGUAUGUUGUUUUUCUCCCUGCAUUGAACAAGUUGACAAAACGAUUGAAUCAUUAAUCGGCAACGGUUGGACUGAGAUUGAAAUGGUGGAAAUCCAAGGAAAGCAAUAUGAAGCACGUAGACAAAUGGAAAGAACUUUGGACGAUGCGUUAAUUAGAUUGAAAGAUAUCAAAUCUAGAAAGUUAGAAGGCGUAGAAAGACGCAAGAGAUUACUCGAGGAAACAAUGAACGACAUAUCACACGAAGAAAAAACGGAGGAUAAAGACAGUAAAAGGCCAAGUGUUGCAAAGACUAGAUACAAUCCGUUCGGUAAAGGGCAGAGAAUAAAAGAAGGUGAUUCGAACUAUUCUUGGUUACAAGUAACCAAAGUCGAAUCUGAAAUCAAGUCACACACCUCAUACCUGACAUUUGCAUAUAAAACUAUUUCUAAGGAAAGGGACGUUGAAUUAGUCUCCAAGCUUAUCGAGAACUCUGGAUAA